AUGCGUGUUUCGACCAUGUCCAUGUCGGCUCUGGCCGCCGCCAGCCAGGCUGCAGCCCUUAGCCAAGCUGAACGCGCUGCCGCUGUCAAGAACACCUUCCAGAUCGCCUGGGAUGGUUACUACGAGCAUGCUUUUCCCCAUGACCAGCUGCAUCCGUUGGACAACACCAGCGACGAUGGCUUCGGCGGCUGGGGUGCCUCUGCUAUUGACGGCUUCUCGACUGCCAUUGUCAUGGGCCACAAGGAAAUCGUCCACGAUAUUCUCGACUUCGUUCCCAAGAUCGACUUCACUAGCUCCAACGAGACCAUCGUCAGUCUGUUCGAGACCACGAUUCGCUACCUGGGAGGUCUCCUGUCUGCCUACGACCUGCUGACCGGUCCGGCUGCUCAUCUGGUCGAUGACAAGGACAAGGAUAAGGUCAAGGCCAUUUUGACCCAAGCCACCAGCCUGGCUGAUACCUUGAGCUACGCUUUCGACACUGAGUCGGGUAUCCCUGUCAACAACUUGGCAUUGGCCAACCACAGCGACGACGGCUCUACAACGGCCGGUAUCGCCCAGGCCGGUACUCUGGUUCUGGAAUGGACUCGUCUGUCCGACCUGACUGGCAAUGACACCUAUGGCAAGCUCGCUCGGAAGGCCCAAUCCCACAUCCUCGACCCGAAGCCCUCGUGGGCGCAGCCUUUCCCGGGUCUGGUUGGCAGCACUCUCGACAUCGCCAGCGGCGAGUUCACCGACAACUACGUCACCUGGAACGGUGGUGACGACUCUUACUACGAGUACCUGAUCAAAUUCUGGCUCUAUGACUCGCAGUACACUGAAUACCGUGACACUUGGCUGAGCGCGGCUAAUUCGACUAUUUCCGAGCUGCUCUCGCACCCGGAAAGCCGCCCGGAUUUGACCUUUGUCAACAUUUGGAACAACGGCACUGUCAUCAAGACGAGCGAGCACUUGACUGGCUUUAUUGGCGGCAACUUUUUGCUGGCCGGCUCUGUCCUCAACGACAAGAAACUUUUGGACACUGGUCUUGCCUUCACCGACUCAUGGCAUCAAACUUACAACGGAACCGCCACCCACAUUGGCCCUGAGAUCUUUGCUUGGGACAAGGAAGGUGUUCCUGCCGACCAGUCCGACUUUUACGAGAAGAACGGUUUCUACAUCACCGGUUCCACCUAUGUCUUGCGCCCUGAAGUCGUAGAGAGCUUCUACUACGCCUGGCGCAUCACUGGUGAGGAGAAGUACCGUGAGUGGGCUUGGGACGCUUACCUUGCUGUCAACGCGACCUGCUUUGGUGGCUCUGGAUACUCUGGUCUCUCUGACGUCAAUGCCCCCCACGGUGGGAAGCAGGACAACCUUCAGGAGUCCUUCCUGUUUGCUGAGGUGCUGAAAUACAUGUACCUGGCCCAGGCUGAUGACGCCGAAUGGCAAAUCCAGGCCAAUGGAUCGAACAAACAGUACAAAAUGCCUGCCUUGACCUUGCAUCUCAUUGCUUUCAAAGAUCCCUUUCAGGAUCCGACGGCCUUUGUCGACAAACUCAAAGCUUCGCCGGGCGUCCAUGUCGUCGUCGCCUCUCGUCCACGACACAUUGUCGUUCGUCCUUCUAAACUCGACGUCAACCCACUCACCACACAGCGAUGGGAUGUGAUGCUACUUUUACAGCAAACCCAAGGACUAUCAUCAUCCGCUUCGCCCAUCCCGGCGCACCUACAAUCAGCUAUCAGCGCCGAGUAUCGCAUUCUCGCCGGCAUCCCAUCAAAACUGCUCACGACUUACCCCGAGCGAGAUGCAAAGCUGAAACAGGGAUCCCAGCAGCCGCCGCCACUGACGGGAUCUCUCGAUGAGAUUAGGCGUAGCAGCAAGGAGACAUCGCAGAACCUCGAAGUGUCGCCUGAGCUACUGGCGUUUAUGGACCAGCUGAGUGUUGACCACGAUAAGCCCGUGACGAUGCUGAAUUUGCUGCAUUUCCAUCAUCCGGAUGGGAAGAAGAACUACUUUGAAUACGGACAGGCCUUCGUCCCCGUUGCUGGAAAACGGGGAGGAGACGCCAAACUGGUGGGAAACGUUGUCAAGCCCCCUUCAACACAGCAAAACGACUCUCGCCGACAGCACGACCAAGCAGAGCACGAGUGGUGGAACGAGAUUUCGAUUGUGCACUAUCCGUCCAUCCGGCAUUUCUGUGACAUGUUGGCGGGUCAGGAUUACCAGGAGAUCAACGAGAAGCACCGGCUCAAGGUGGGUUAUAUCCAGUGCAUAUAUGAAUUCCAGACUCUGGCGGACAAUGUUUUGGAAAUGCUAGCGUCAGUGUUUCAGUACGAUGCUCUUCCAGAGACUUCUGGUGGAUCAAAGAGCAAAGACCUGCCCUAUAGAGUUGGAGUUUGGGACAUGUUCCGGUUGUGGCCAUCAAGAUUUCAAUGCUAUCCUCCUCUCUUCCAUCGCAUCGAAGCGGGAGACAGAUAUGGCAAAUCUCUGGCUCCUGUACGCUUCAUACACGCCAAAAUGUAUCUCCCCCGGGGCUUGAUAUCGCACCUCUACCUGCAGCUCCUUCGCUCGCACCACCCGCUGUCUCCGCCGGUCCUGAUCCUCGUUGCCCUCGAGCCCGACGCUCUCUGCGCCUGCCGGAUCCUGACGACGCUGCUGAAACGCGACUAUAUAGCUCACAAAAUCCAGCCAAUUGCCGGCUAUGGCGAUCUCGCACGCGCGGGCGAGGAAUUGGUGCGACCCCUGCGAACCACCGAGGGUGGCAGCGGCGGCGUGGUCAUCUGUCUUGGGGUCGGCGGUCUGGUCGAUCUCAGCGAGAUUCUGUGCCUUACAAAUGCGGACGAUGAUGAGGCAGCGGCGUCUGACGACACGGGCGGUGUUGAGGCGUGGGUUAUUGACGCCCGACGACCGUGGAAUUUGGUCAAUGUCUUUGGCGGCCAGUGGCAGCAACAACAGUCGCGCGACACUUUGGACGAAUUAGACCCUACUGCCCGUCGGAAAACCCGUGGUGUGGACAAGGGCGGCCUGACUCGCCAAUAUACAGCUGGUCAGGGAGGCGUGAUUGUGUUCGACGACGGUGAUAUCGAGGAGGAACUGUCAAAGGAACGCGAUGCGUACUACGCGCUCGAGGAGAUGCCCGAGGUCGACGAUGAUGGCGACGACCUUUCGGACUCCGCAAGCGAAGACGACGGCGACGACUUUGGAAUGGGUUCAAAGAAACGCAAAUCCUGGUCGGGCCGUGAGGAGGAAGACAGCGAAGACGAGGAAGAUGAACGACCGCGUCAGCGAAGACGGAGCAAUUCAAGCUCCCCAGUUCCCUCGUCGCCCAGUAAUCGACGGCGAGCAAUAGGCCACGAUUCCUCGAAUUCUUCACGCACGCCGUCCCCAGAGCCAAAUAUUAUGUCCCCGCUGGUGUCGAGACAACCGUCGGCACGAACGCUGAGACGGCGGCUUUUACGAUUGAAAAGAAAACACGAAAGUAUACUACAAGCAUAUUACAGUACGGGCACAGCCUACUCGGAACCGAUUUCUUCAAUGAUGUACUCAUUAGCCUCUGAGUUGGGCCGCGAAGACAACGAUCUCUUGUGGCUAGCCAUCGUGGGAGCUUCGAGCAUGGAGCUCUCGGGCCGCACAAUGGCCGGUGUUGGCAUCUCGAGCUCGUCUGAAUCUGGAGGGUCGGCAGGCUGGGGCGGAUCACGAGGUGAACACGUUCGACAGAUCUUGCGAGACGAAGUUCAUCGACUCAAUCCACCUGACAGCGCAGAGAGCGGGCGAGACGUGCCCGGUUCAAGCUCCGAUAUGAUCCCCACGACAGCUCGAUCUCCAACGGAUACGUCAAUCCGGCUGUCUCCAGAGCCACGGUUUCUCCUCGUGCGACACUGGUCUUUAUAUGAAAGCAUGCUGCACAGCCACUAUCUUGCAUCGCGGCUGCAUGUCUGGACGGAACAUGGCCGCAAGAGACUGCAUAAGCUGCUUGCCAAAAUGGGAAUUAGUUUAACCCAGUGUCACCAGAACUACACCCAUAUGGACAUGGAGCUGAAGCGUGUACUGCGCUCGCGAUUGCUGAAAUAUGCCCCGAUGUAUGGCCUGGACGGACUGGUUCCCCCGCCUGCAUCUGGACAUAGCAACAACCGGCAGGGCUGGGGAUUUGUUCGUAGCUGGGGGUGGAAAGCUUGCCUGUCUGCCACAGACGUUGCUGUCAUCCUGGGCUCAAUUCUAGAAGUCGGCCCCGGCGCAUGGGAAGCAGGCUCUUCCUUUCGACCUCAGAUCACGAAUGGUACCGGACAGUCAGAGCUGCCUUCUGAAACAGACCCUGCCAACCUGCACCCUCGGUUCUGGAGUGCCUACGAUGCCCUGUCACCGACUGGCUCUGAUUCUCCCACCUUGCUUGUUGAGUCACUGCCCAUAGCAAAACAUCUCCACCGAGCUAUUCUCCGAACGGGGACGUCGCUGCUCUCCAAACACCAGAUUCGACAUCUGCGUGCUUUCCGUAUCGCCGUUGUUAAGGAGGGCCCAGAUGUCAAACUUUUCACGAACCCGGGCGCGUUGACAAAACUUGCCCUCUGGGUAGCCGAGGCCAUUCAAGUGCAAGAGCGUGACCGUAGUGAGACAAAGAUGGGCAAGAAAAAGAUCCUGGGCACACCGCUCGUCCUGGCAGGACUAGACGAAGACCGCGGAGUGUACGUGGUAGUUGGCACAGGAGGCGGCGGCGGCGUCGUCGACUUUGCAGCGAUUGCGAAGAAGCAAGAAGCCCAGCGCACCAAGAAAGAAGCCAAGGACAAAAAGAGAAAAGAACGAGAAGAGCGUCGCAGAAAAAGAGCUGCCGAGCGCGCUCGUCAAAACGAGGACGACGACGACGACGAGGAAGAAGAAGACGAGACCGAAGACGACGAUUCCUCGUCUGGAUCGGACUCGGACGAUGGACCCGAGGACGACAAGGGAUUCCUUGGAAAUAAAAAUCUCGUUCGCAAUCGAUUUGGUAUUGCGUUUCAAGAAGUCGUCCAAGAAACCAGUGCUCGUGUCCGCAUCGACAGCUUUGAACAUUGCGUUGUCGAAGUGCAAAAGGAGGAUUUGGGCGGGUUUCUUGAAGCUUUGAGUUUUAGGAGUGUUGUUGGUUAA